AUGCUCAUCCCUCCGAACCUGCUCCCCUUCGCCUGCCAUCAUCACAUGUGCUCCUGCCCGUCCGCCAUCUUGCGUACACCAUGUCCGAGCACUCCUCUCGUGAGAGCCGCCAAAGGCCUCAACGCGAAUGAGGCUUCAUACUUGGCCUCGCGGAAACCGAAGGCUAGCACUGCACUCGCCGCCUGGCUUGAGACACAGGCUUCCUUCAGCACUUCUUCUCAGCCAGUUGUAGCUUUCGCGUCCAGUGGAGGAGGUUAUCGAGCUCUGCUGGAGACCGCUGGUGUCAUCCAAGCCCUCGAUGCACGGGACAGUACGGCCAAUGUGAGCGGCGUCUUCCAAUCCCUCACCUACGAGUCCGGUCUGUCCGGCGGUGCAUGGUUCUUGUCAUCCUUCUCCGGCAACAACUGGCCGACAGUAUCGUCUCUCCGCGAUAGCCUGUGGGAGCAAGCGUUCCAGAAUAGCCUCUUACUCCCAGCUAAUAUCCUGGGAUUCGAUGAAUAUCCGGAGCUUGUGAACGACCUGGCCAAGAAGAAGGCAGCUGGCUUCGACAACACCAUCGUCGACCCUUAUGGCCGUCUCCUAUCAUACCAGCUUCUACAUGGUAACGAUGGAGGUGACGAGAUUCGUAUGUCUGGCCUGACCACAAUGAGCAACUUCACGUCCUUCAAUGUGCCCUACCCAAUCAUCACUGCUCUGGGCGUAGACAACUCGUACCAGGGUCAAUGCACUCCUACUCUCAGCGCAACUCAGUACGAGUUCCAUCCUUACGAAUACGGAAGCUGGGACAAUGGAGUCAGCGCCAUGGCAUUGACCCUCUAUAUGGGUUCUAACAUCACCAACGGCCAAGCAACGCAAGCAGGCAAGUGUAUCAAGGACUACGACAACAUCGGCUACGUCUUCGGUACAUCAUCCGACGUAUUCGCCGCCAUCUGCUCUCCUCUCCAACCCAGCAACUCCUCAUCAUCAGACCUCGCAAACGUCCUCGAAGGCAUCCUCAGUGCCAACGGCCAAAAGCCCAGCUUCCAAGACCUAUACGGCAUCUACCCGAACCCAUUCUACAAAUACCAACGCUCCUCCCGCGUCUCCUCCUACCCCCUCAUCACAAUGGCAGACGGCGGACUCGCCGGCCAAAACAUUCCCAUCUGGCCCUUCAUCCAAUCCGCCCGGUCUGUGGACGUAUUGAUCGCCAACGACAACUCCGCCGACACAACCGACAAUUUCCCCAACGGCACAGAAAUUCGUCAAACCUACGAAAACGCGCAAACCUCCGGCCUCACCAAAAUGCCCUACAUCCCACCCGUCGAAGAAUUCGUCUCCAAAGGUCUCAACAAAAGAGCAACCUUCUUCGGCUGCGAUCAACCUAAGACUAUGCUCAUAAUCUACUUACCGAACGUGAAUUACACGUACGCGAGUAAUCAACCUACGAGUAAAAUCCAGUAUUCGGUUUCGGAAACGAAUGCUAUGAUUCAGAAUGGUAAUGCGAUCGCUACGCAGAAUGGGACGGAAGGUUGGAGUUUUUGUUUGGCGUGUGGGAUCAUGGCGAGGGUUGAAGAUGAACUUCCUCGGGAGUGCGAUGCUUGUUUUCAGAAGUAUUGUUAUUAUAAGAGUUAG